AUGUCGCUGACUGAAAUGUAUUUUCGGCGCUGCUUUGAGGGUGUGCAGAGCUAUCAGGAGGCACGUGGGCUGCACCAACGACUCGUGCAGCAGCUCCUCGUGGUGCGUGCGGCAGAGGAACGCAGCGGUGGAGAUAGCAACGCCAGCGCACCCGAGUUCCGUGCGGCGCACUGGCUGGGGAAGCUGGAGGACGCGUACCACGACUGGCUCGUCGACCACCUCGGCAUCAAGAGCCGCCAGCGGCAGAGCACCGACCAACCGCUGCUGUCCACCGUCACCGUCACGAUCGAGGAGAGCACACAGCUGGAGAGUGGAAGGGGAGCAACACCCGUUCCCGUGAAAUGCGGUGCGGGGGCGGGGACGGGUACCACACCGCUGUCACCGAACUUGCCGAGUUCCUCUGAUCGGCUUGAGACGGCGCUGGCGUACGGCCGCUCUGUACCCCUCACGUCAAACGAGGCAUCAGCAGCUAGAGGGGGCACGACACCACCUGUAGCGGGGGUGACGAUGGUGCCAAGUGAAAGCGCUGCUAAGAACCGUGUGGAUUCGGCGGCGGCGGACGCGUCACAUGAAGCCACACCACCAUCACCAGCGCUAGCGGAAGCAGAAUCAGCAGCUGUGGUGAAGGGGGAUUCCGUUGCGGCCGCUCCGUUCACCCCUAGCGUCACUGGCGCGGUGCUGGGCUUGAAGCAGAAUGAAGAGGAGGAGGAGCAGCAGCAGCAGCAGCAUGAAGAAAAACAGAAACAGUGUCCGGAGGAGAACGGCGGCGCCGUCUCACGGCGUCGGGCCGGCCGGGCAUUCUUGUUUCUUCGUGAGCAACUCUGCUGA